GUCGCGGCAGAGGCGCUGGCGCUGGAGCAGGAGCGCCAGCAGCCCUGGGCGGCCCCGUGGUGCCGGGUCUGAUCCCAGGGAUCCCCGGGGUGGGAGCCCUCGUGGGACCACCCGCUCACGCUGGGGGUGGAGGCGGCCACGCCGUGGCAGGGCAGGCCGCCCACGCGGUGCCAGCCGCCGCCGCGCCUGUGCCCGUGGGCUGGCAGGCAGGCAUGCCCGCGGCGGGCGGGGCGCUGCCGCAGUUCGGAGCAGCGUUCGCCCAGCCAGCGGUGGCGGGGGUCGCGGCGGCGGCGCAGCAGGCUGGACCCUGGGUAUACGUGCCCAUGGCGCCCCAGGCCGUGACCCACGGCCUCCUGGGACUGAGCGCCGGCUGCCGCGUCGAGCUGGUGAUGUACGAUGCUGCCUGUCAGCCAAGCGGGACGACGACGAUGACCGUGACAGGGCUGUAUCCGCCUGACGCGGCAGGAGAGUUCGUGGAGUGCACAGUGGAGAGCAGCAGCGACCCUCUCUACCUGCCGAUCCUGCAGGGCAUCUUCGCGAUGGGAAGCAGCGUGGUGCACCUCUGCACCCAGGGCGUGGCGACUUGCUGUCGCACGACCGCUUGGCCAGGGCGCAACGUGGUGCACUCGGACACGUUGCGCGUGCUGGGGGCGGCCGGGCCUGGAGGCGGUGCCGCUGAUGGCGCUGGAGCCACCCCGCCUGGCGCCCUCCCUGCAGGCGGUGCGCCGCCCGCCGCUGACGCUGGACCCGUGGUGCCGGGCAAGAACGCAGGUGGAGCUCCCAAGGGCUCAGGCGGUGCCGACGGUGAGGACGUGGAUGGCAGGACGGCCGAGGAGAUGAGGAAGAUCGUCAAGAGGCUGAAGGAGAAGCUUCAGAGGAAGCGCUCCAUGGGCGAGGCGCUGGCCGAGCGCGCCGAGGCUGCGCUGGAGGGCCGCCGCAGCCGCAAGAAGCAGAAGAACAGGGACAAGGAUAGCUCCGACAGUGCGAGUUUUGAUGAGGCCCCGACCGCUGGUUCCGGCCGCCGAGUGCAGAAGCUGGCCCGCUCCGACCCCGGGGCGCUCAUGGCGGCGGGUCUGAAGCAGAUCCGAGAGUACUUGGCGCAGCGGGGCGGGGCCGACAACGAUGAUGAGCUGGAUAGGAUGGCGUCCAACGUGGUGCAGUAUAUCACGAGCGUGUGGCACGGCAUGCACCCUCAGAACGAGAUGGGGGUGCGGAAUGUGCGCGAGAUGAGGAUGAUCGGGGAGUGCCUGGACGCCCUCACGAGGGGCGAUCUGCCGCAGCUGGGCGACAUGCUCAUGCAGAGGCUGAAGGCCAUCGAGCAGGCCACCAAGGACGGGCACUGGAAGAUAGCCGAGCACCUCGAGCUGAUCGACUCCACCGACAUCGGGCUGGCCAGCAGCGCCGAGGCGUCGGCGGCCGUGGCAUCCUACUCGGAGGGUGCGAAGUUGAAGGAGCGCCUCACUCGAGCGGGCAGUGAAGAGAGCGUCGCCGAGCCCGGCAGCCGGGACAGGUUCGCGGACGACGUGACCGCGGAGGCGAAGGCUGGCAACAAGGGCAAGCCGAAGGGCGACAAAGGGCAGCACCGCGGGGCGCCACCUUGGCGCUCGUGGAACCCGAAGGGCAAGGGCGGCACGAAGGGUCAGGCCCGUGGCAAGGGCAAGGCGUGUGACUGCACGUCCGACGGCAGCUGGGAGUCCGAGAUCACCUUCUCCUCGUACCUUGAGGAUGAGUGCAACGGCGCCGCUCAUGGCGCAGUCUCGGACGAGCCGUCCACGCGAAUUCACGACUUUCCUUACUUGAACCCGACGCGUGCCGCCAGUGAGCUGGGCAGUCUCUGUGGAGCUCCAGUUCGUGUUGUGGGACGCCGUCUAGCUGACCUCAGUACUUCUUCGCCCGCGUCGAGCGGGGCACUUGGCAAUUUUGAUGCGAAAUCGUACGAUGAUAUCCUCUCACCACUGACCGCAGGGAACGGACGGCGUGACCUGCUGCCGUUGCCCUGCGUCGAUCUGACGAUCGAGGAGUUGAGCAUGAACGGCGUUGUGUUCGGCGAAUCGGAGCCAGUCGAUCCCUCCUUCGAGGACGACCUGAGCGGCUGGCUGAAGCUCACUGUCCUGAGCCUGAAUGUAAGGCACGGGCCCGCCAGCGCGGUGCAGCUGAAGGCCCUGAGGUUGCUGGCCAGGAGUGUGGGCACGUUCCUAUGCCAGUGCGAGGGCUCCGUGGCGAACCUCGACUGGACCCAGGAGCUGAAGUCGUCGGCAGUGAGCUACACGGGCAUGGAGGUGUACCCAGCCGAGCAGCUAGACCGCGAGCGCCUCUUGCUCGCCCUGCCGUCGAAGGAGGCUUGCGGCUCGGUAUUGGCGACCGAGGUGAGCGAAGGCUGGAUCAGGAGCGUGCUGGAGCACCCGGAGUGGGUGAUGAAGAGCCCCGCGGAGCUGGGCGAGAUGCCCAAGACCCCGCGCGUCUGGGCCGAGGAUGACGAGUGGGAGCUCAUCGCGGCCGAGCUCGUGAACAGGGGCAUCCUCGUCCCGAUCGAGGCCGACGAGAUCGUGAAGGUCAAGGGCCGUCGCGUGCUGGGCGGCCUCUUUGGUGUACGAAAGUCGGGACACGUCAAAGGCUCGGGGCCGCAGCGGCUAGUGAUGAACAUCAUCCCGAGCAACUGGUUGCAGGAGACGGUCCAGGGGGACAUGGGUCUCCUCCCGACGACAGACAAGUGGAAGAGCAUCAUCCUGAGGAGCGGCGAGGUGAUGAUGAGCUCGUCGGAGGACCUCAAGUGCUGCUUCUACGUGUACCGGUUGCCCGCGGUGUGGCACAAGUACAUGGCGCUCUCCAAGAAGGUGAGCAGGUCCUGCCUCGGUCUUGACGGGACCGGCGAGGUGCACGCGGCCGCGGCCGUGAUCCCAAUGGGCUGGGUGUCGGCGACAGGCAUCAUCCAGCACAUCCACCGGCGGCUGCUUCGUGAGUGGCUGGAGGGAGUGCCUCCGCUGCCUGAGGACCGUGAAUUGCGGCGCGACCUUCCUCUGCCUCCACAUCGUGAGAGAGGCUCGGUGGUCUCUCAGGGCGAGGCGAGGCUGCCGGUGCGAGGCGAGCUGGGCCGAUCCUACAGCGACGAGCGCCCACAGGUGUACAUCGGUCGCACAGGGCAGCGGUAUGGCUUCUCCCCAUCCAAGUGGGCGAACCCCUUCAAGGUGUCAAAGAUGAUGCCGAGGAGCGAGGCCAUCGCGAAUUACGAGAGCCACCUGCGCGACUCGCCCGAUCUGCUGGCUUGCUUGCCCGAGCUCUCGGGCCGUCGCCUCCUGUGCCACUGCAGGCGAGGGCAGCGCUGCCACGGGGACGUGCUGGUCAAGAUGUGGGCGGAGACGGUGCCGAAGGCGACGAGAGGAGAUGACACGCUCAUACCGGAGGGUGCUGGUACGGCCUGCUGGGUGGUGUGGCAGGUGUACAUCGACAACCUUGACGUGCUGGAGGUGGUGCAGCUGGCUUGCGAGAGGUACGCGCAGCGGGGGGUGCCCAGGAGCGAGGAUAAGGCAGUGUGCCGUGAGCCUGUCAGUCAAGUUUUGGGUGAGCUCAUUGACGGCACGAGGGGCGUGAUCAGCCCGCCCCUGGAGUUCGUGUACCGUCUGCUGGGCCUCACCUUCGCCACGCUGGAUCGGAAUGUGCUGACUCAGACUUGGCUGCAGGUGGUGGCGGGCCGCUGGGUGCGAGCGAUGAUGUUCAGGCGUGAGACGAUGUCCGUGUUCGACGACCUGUGGCGUGCCGUGGUGCGCUGGAGAGGCGAGCGCAGGCUGCCCGCUCCCGUUCAGAGGGAGCUGCUGCUGGCCGUGGGGCUCCUGCCGCUCAUGAGGUGCGACCUCAGGACGCCCGUGAGCGGGCUCGUGACCGUGUCCGACGCCAGCAUGCGCAAGGGGGCGGUAUGCCGGGCUGUGCGCCUGCUCCCACACGGCGUUGAGGCAGCCAAGGCUUCUCGCAGGCGCCAGGUGGGGCGGCUGCAGGACGAGGGCGUGCUGCUGUCGCUCUUCGACGGGAUCGGAGGUGGAAGACGGGCCCUCGACAUGCUGGGGCUGAGCGUGGCCGCGUAUGCUGCGUCGGAGACGGACCCAGAGGCCUGCCGCGUGGCGAAGUACGCGUGGCCGGACGUGGUGGAGCUGGGCGACGUCACGAAGCUGAGCGCGCAGGACAUCGCCAAGAUCCGAGACAGGGCCCCUCAUGUGCGCUGGGUCCUCCUGUUUGCUGGAGCUCCCUGCGUGGACCUCACCAGGCUGAGCGUCGACAGGCGAGGGCUGUCAGGAGCGAGGUCGGGCCUUUUCUACGAGAUCAAGCGGGUGAAGUCGCUGGUGAAGGAGGUGUUCCCCGUGGAGGUCGAGGUGUUCGACUUGAUCGAGAAUGUGUCCUCCAUGACGGCCGAGGAUCGCGACACGAUGUCAGAGCACAUGGGGCUGGCCCCGGUGAUGAUCGAUGCCGCCGACAUCUCACACGUUCGCCGAGAGAGGCUCUACUGGUGUGACACCGACCUCAUGACGCCGUGGCAGGGCGAAGUCUGUGUGAAAAGUGAGGUGGUGAAAGUGACGAUCCCUGGAGGUCCAGGCCCGCUGGGCCGCUGGCUGCGCCCUGGGCGAGAGUGGUCAGGAGCCGAGGUUCCUGAGCAGCGUCUGCCCACCUUCGCGAGGUGCAUCCCGCGCGGGCGUGCCGGCGACAAGCCAAAGGGCCUGCGCCAGUGCAGCGAGGCCGAGCUGGAGCGUUGGCGGAGGCACGACUUCUGCUAUGCGCCGUACCAGUUUCGAGAUCCUCACUGUCUGCGAUGGCAAGGAGGUGCGCUGGAGCCUGCGGAUUCCUUUGAGAGAGAGAUGUUGAUGGACUUCCCACCUGGGCACACGGCGACAGCGCGGGCCACGCGGUUCCGCAAGCUGGCUGAGCUCGAGGUGGUACGUUGCGCCCUGCUGGGCAACUCGUUCCAGUGCGGCGUGGUGGCAUGGAUAGUGGCGCACUGGGCUCACCGACACGGCUACCUGGACUCGGUCCCCACGAUGGCGGAGGCGCGCGCGGUCGGAGGCGCCUUCGACGCUGCCGAGGGCCUGGUGCAGGUAGCCAAGGAGGGCGACGACAGCGGGGUGGUGAUCAGGGACCGUGGCCUUGAAGAGGCCGAGGCGCAGGCGGACCCGAGCAUCCAGAUCGUGGAGGAGCUGAUCCGGCGAGCUGAGGUGAGGGGCUCGGACGUGCGCCUCGACACGCUGGAGGUCAUGCGCCCUGACUUGUGGCCACGCCGCCCGAUCAGCGUGAGCCGCUGGACGUGGAAGACAGUGCUGGUCUGGAAGUGGAGGUGGAAGAGCCACAUCACGGCGCUGGAAGUGCUGAGCACGCUGGCAGGCCUUCGCUGGCGCUUCAGAGUGGGCCAUCACCUUGGCACGAGGUUCGCUCAUCUGAUGGAUUCGCAGGUUGGACUUGGUGUGAUAUCGCGGGGGCGCUCCUCCUCGCAUCUGCUCAACGCAGCCGUCAAGAGGAUCUCAGCUCUGGUCCUGGCGGCGUCGGCAAGACCGAUCUACGGGUACACCGAGACCGACAAGAACCCAGCCGACGACCCUUCGAGGGAAGGCGGCAUGUCAGGUGACAGCAAUGCCAAGGAAGCGUCGCAUUGA